ACAUACUUGAAAACCGGGUUUUAUCGAACCAUAAAUAAAUCGUAAUCUACAACCAAUGAUAAGUCGCCAAAUAUGUGAUUUCAUUUAGUGACGCUUAUAAAAAUAUAUCAACGAUUAAAUACUUGUUCAUAUUUUCCCAUAGUCGUGCUAUACUAUCGUUCAAUCUGUUAGUAUUCGGUGUUUAAAUAAAUAAAUAAAUAUACAGUGCUGCUAGUGUAAAUCAGCAGGCCAAUCUAAUAAAUAAAAGAACGUAUUGUAUACAUUUUCGAAGCCACAGUAGUAUCAAUUUGCCUCGGUAGCAUCGUUAAUUAACACUGUCUAAGUAAGUGACAGUGGAAGGCCAGCUGAUUGUGGGAAAUUGCAAAGGUUGAAUUUAACAAUAAUGGAAGGCGUUGCUGUGAAACUAAUAAUAAAAACACCCAAUCAGCAAAUUAAAGACCAAGUUGUUAAAUGUGAUAUCGGAUGGACCAUUGGUCGAUUAAAAGAAUAUUUAUCCGAAGUUUAUCCUAGCAAACCAGAAAGAGCAAGUCAAAAGCUUAUAUAUUCAGGACAGUUAUUGAACGAUUCUACGUUAUUGAAAGAUGUUUUAAGAGAAUGUGAUGGACAAGAAGAUCAAGCUUACACUGUUCAUUUAGUUUGCACUUCACAAAAAACAUCUACACAAAAAGUAAUGUCAGAGCAAAUGAAAGAAAGUCCAAGUGCGGCUGUAAGAAAUACAGCAGAACACACAAGAUUAAAUAAUGCAAAUAAUAUGCAAAAUGUGGGUCAAAAUAUUAAUAAUCCUACUGUGCAACAUACUCCUACACAAUUGUAUUCUACCCAGCAAUAUUUCGAUCCAAGGAAUAGUCAACAAAUGGCAUGGAUGCAACAGGCGUACACACAUUAUUUUACCCAGUACAUGCAACUCAUGGCGGCACAAGGAAUCCCACUACAAACUAGCAUUCCAUAUGUACAACAAAUGAAUGUUAAUACCAAUGAUAGUGUUCAAAAUUCAUAUGGAAAUAAUAUCAGCAAUAAUAAUAACAACAACAAUAACAUUAUCAACAACAACAACAAUAAUAAUAAUAAUAACAAUAACGUAGGUGAUGAACAGCAACAACCUGCUGCACAAGAUGCUGAUAUUAAUGGUGGAAACAAUGGUGCUGGAGAGGAUGGUGCAUUUAAUAUAGAUUGGCUAGAUUUUUCUUAUACCCUGUCCAGAAUAAUUGUUCUUUUCAGUAUUUUAUAUUUUUACUCAUCUCCUCUAAGAUUCCUUAUUGUUACAUUUCUUGGCUUUGCGAUGUACCUAUAUCAAGGUGGUUUCUUCCGAGUGCAACCUCUUCCUUUACCUGAGAAUAAUAAUGGUAGAGUAGAUAGAGUAGACAAUAAUAAUCAAGUGUUACAAAAUGAAGCUAUGGGUCCUCAGCCUGUAGCGCAGCAACAAAAUGGUCAAGUACCAACGGCACAAGCAGAAGCUAGAACAAACGCGAACGAAGAACACGAAGAAGAAAGACCUGGGGCACUUGCUUUGACUUGGACAUUUUUCAGUACAUUUUUUGCAUCUCUUAUACCAGAUCAACCAAAUGUUAUAUAAUUUUUCGAGUGUUAAUCGUUUGCACUCGUUUUUGUUGUAAAGUUAAUUUUCUUGUUGAAACAGUUUUUAAAAUGUAACACUGAACCCAUGGAGGUGGUCUCUUUAUAGCAUAAAAAUUUGAUAAAUAUUAAGAAUGAAGUCAACAUCAUUAGAUAUUCUAAAAAUGAUUUUUAUAGACCAUCACUUUGAGAAAGUUUUAUGGAAUUUUCAACAUAAGGCUCUUGUAUACAGUAAUACAUAUAAUAAUAAGUAUACAUAUUAUACAUAUGCUUAAAAUAAAUGACAUUUUUAUAGAUAUUUCGAUUGGUAUAUGCAAACGUUUAAGUAUGAUAUUAAAUCAUUGAGACUACCCCAAGGUUUACUCAUAAAAUGAACAAUCAAUGAUUAUUCUGUAGUAGGUAACUUUAGCUUCAAUUUAAUAAGAAAUUACUAAUAAUCAUCCCAAAGUAUUUAGGAUUUGUUGUAUAAUAAAAUUUCUGUUUUUGUAGUUACAUAAAGAUACAACGACAAAAAAUAUAUACUGUGUAUAUAAAUAAAUUAUUGUAGAGCUUGUAAGGUACUGAUAAAUAUAAAAAUCAAAAAGGA